CGGCAUCUUGCAAAAAGCAAUUCACGUUCUUCGAAAAGGCACAUACCCCCACAUCCUGUCUCGCAUCCCACCCAUCGUUUUCCGUGGGACCGAUCCAAUCCUCCGGUAAUUGGGGUGAAGAUGACAUUUCUCUCCGAGUCUCCAGAAACGUGCCCCCACACUUGGGAGUAUGGACGUUGAAUUCCAACAUUGGGGGUCUCUGCCGAUUUGGGCUGAACAUCCUGAUGCUGCAGGGCAAUAAUUCGCGGUGGCGCUUGUGAAUCAGCUAGGCCCCGCUUUGGCGGCUAGGAGAUGUUCGACACCUGCAGAUUGAGAUCGAACGCGGGGUCAAAGAUUCACUCCCAUGAUAUGACAUUUGGGGGCAGCAGAGGGUUCCACAACAACUCCUAUCAGCGGCCCGAGGUUGGAAAAAUUGGCUUUAAUACACUGAGACAAUCACGUCGUAGCCUCCCACCGACAACGCAAGAAUAUUCCAAAUAACUCCGCGAGCAAAAAAAGAUAAUUGCGAGAAAAUUCGAAAGCGAAGCAGGAGAAAUCAUCCUCGCGCCACCAUGUCACCGCCAUACCCGCUGCACGAGUCCGUCGCUUCAAAAAUACAUCCAGAAUAUGUGUCCUUCUACAACAAACACAUCAUUAAUCAGGAGCAGGUACAUCUCCAACCCGUUGCCGCAUCGCGCACAUCUGGGGUCCUCAUACCAGGCGCGGGGCCAUUGUUACCUGUGGGUAAGCAAGAAGAUAUCUCUAUUAAACGGAAGGAGAGUGAUGGUCUAGAUGUGAAUUUGCGAUGCUUCACUCCAAUCGCGGAGAAAGCGCCGGCGGGCGGGUGGCCAGUGCUUAUUUAUUUUCACGGGGGCGGGUGGGUGCUCGGGAAUAUCGAUACGGAGAAUGUCGUCUGUACGAAUAUUUGCUCCAGGGCUGAGUGUGUGGUUAUUACCGUUGAUUACAGACUCGCGCCGGAAAACCCAUUCCCAGCGGCGGUACACGAUUGCUGGGAGGCCGUCCUUUGGGCCUUAUCAGAAGGCCGCACGCGUCUCAACCUUGACAUCUCGCGCAUCGGUGUGGGAGGCUCGAGUGCAGGCGGCAACCUUGCAGCCGUCAUGACACAUCGAUGUGCGGCGCGGAAUUUUUCGCCUCUAAAAGUACAGCUACUCAGUGUCCCGGUAAUGGACAACACAGCUGAUGUCAGUAACAACAUCUCCUACUGUGACAAUGAACACAUCCCUGCUCUCCCUGCUGCGAAAAUGCUUUGGUAUAGACGACACUAUCUGCCCCGAGAAUCAGACUGGGCAAACCCUGAAGCCAGUCCAUUGUUUUACGCGGACGAGUCACCCACUUGGUCUAGUGUACCUCCCGCAAUCAUGAUGGUGGGAGAGCUUGAUGUGUUAAGGAGCGAAGGAGAGAAGUACGCGGAGAAAUUGAUAAAAUCCGGGAUUCACGUUGACUUGCAUGUUAUGGAGGGGAUGCCCCAUCCGUUCCUUGCAAUGGAUGGAGUCCUGCAGGCCGGCAGAGACGCUAUCACCUAUAUGGUUGAGGGCUGUAAAAAGUUCCUAUAACUAUUGCGCAAUUAUUUUCGCUCAUCGCACAAGUACGAAGACAUUGCACUCUUGUUUCUCUCUCCACCUAUAGUUAGUUAUUUAUAUCCGAACCAAGCCAACUGUUCUGUUAAGGUUUGGGGGAGCUUGUUUUUGGAGCGUCUUGGACUGAUGAGGCUGGCGAACUAAGGACAUUGGCGUAGUUAUUGCUUUUUCCAGCAUGGCCACUCCGUUGCAUAUCCCGUGCCUGAUGGCCAGCGGUAGCAUCUAUAACAUCGCCAGAUCUCGAGAAUUAGAAACCAAAACGACAAAAUCAAGACUUUCCCUGGAAUUUGCUUCGCUGGUCCUUUCCCAUACCGUACAUCGAAGCGGUGUAGAUAGUAAUCCGUAGCUGACACUCUCCCCAGCCAUAAGAUGGGGAUUGACGAGGGAUCCUUGUCCACCUAACAAAAUGAAACAUGAUUUGCAUACAUAUCAUGAGGUUUUUUUUUUUUUCCCCUCUCAAUUAGGUAGCAUUAAAUGAAUGCAGAAUGCUUGCCAUUCAAUUCGAGAUGGCCAUAUAUACUAUUCAUAGCCAACACCGCAGCUCAACAGCGC